AUGGAGGUAAAGAAAAAGAACUGGCGUGAUGUGGGUGAGGCGUUGCAACAGCUCGUACCGGAUCGUGCCAUCAUUCGUCCCGGCAGCAUCUUGAGAUGCGGCCUCAUCGACUUCUGCACGUGGGAGGAGCUGGGUAAGCCGCAAACCAUCAUCAACCUGCGCAUGGGCGAAGACGAUACGCGCCAAUUCGAGAAGCGUGCCUCAGGUGGAUUGGAUUCAGCUGUCCAUCCCCAACAAGAUCGACAAUACGACACGAACACCGCCGAGGUCCGCGAGUGGCUCGCUGACGCGAUGAAGCUCUUCGAGAAGAAGGACGCCGCCAACAUCAAGUUCCCCGUCCUCAUCCACUGCCACGCAGGCAAGGAUCGAACGGGCAUCGUAGUCGCUACUCUUCUCAAGAUACUCGGGGUCGAGGAGGACGUAAUCGAGCGCGAAUUCCUCCUGUGCGAGGGAGUAGACAUCGCCGAUCUGCGACGGACGCUGAAGGGCUUUAACGACAAGCGAACCAUGGAGCUCUACUUCCGCAAGAAGGUGAAUGUCAAUCGAAUCAAGGCCAACUUCGCUUAG